AUGGUGAGCUUUUCGUGUAACAACUGCGGCGAUGUGCUCAAGAAGAACCAAGUGAACAACCACAUGUGGAGGUGUGGUGGCACCGUGUCGUGCCUGGACUGUUUGACCACCUUCAGCGGGAACGGCUACAGCGCACAUAACACCUGCAUUUCGGAGGAGCAGAAGUACCAGGGCGCCCUCUACCGCGGACCCAAGAAGGCACGCCUUACAGGCCUCCUGGGACAGCAGAACCAGCAACGGAACCAGCAGCAGAACGGCGGCGCCCAGCAGCAGCCGGCUGCCACGCAGCAGAAUAUAACACAGGAAGCGCCGCAAGAGGAGAAGAAGGACGAGAGCAAGGCCAAGGAAGCGGAGGAGGAGUCACAGAAGAAGAGGAAGCGCAACGAAGAGAAGGAGGAGAAGAAGAAAGAAAGGAAGAAGGAGAGCAAGAAGAGGAAGAUCGAAGAGGAGAAGGAGAGCGACGACGAGAAAAAGAAGAGCAAGAAGGAAAAGAAGGAGGAGGAGAAGAAGGAAACGGAAGAGGCGCUCAUCAAGAAGUUCCUUGAACAGCUGCCGUGGGAGGAGACCAUCAAGGAGGUGCUCAAGAAGGACGACAAGAAGAAGAUGAAGAAGAAGAAGCUCCGAAAAAAGGUGGUCAGCACCCUCCUCACGCACAAGAUCCAGGAGCAGCUCGAAGCCCACUUCACCGCCCAGGCCAAGGAGGGCACCUUCAAGCACUUCAUCAAGUCCUGA